GAGUGCAUUGAGGUUCCGUUCUUUUCUCUUCGUCAUGGCGGAGUCAAAGAAAGCUCCAGAAAAGAAAGUUGAAAAGAAGAUUGAAAAAAAAGUGCGGAAGGAACCAAAAGAUGCUUCCAAAAAUGUUAUGCGUGAAGUACGCAUUCGUAAACUUUGUUUGAAUAUUUGUGUCGGUGAAUCUGGUGAUAGACUCACCCGUGCUGCAAAGGUACUGGAACAAUUAACUGGACAACAACCUGUUUUUUCUAAAGCAAGGUAUACUGUGCGUUCCUUUGGCAUUCGCCGUAAUGAAAAAAUUGCAGUACAUUGUACUGUACGAGGCGCUAAAGCAGAAGAAAUUCUUGAACAUGGAUUGAAGGUUCAAGAAUAUGAAUUGAGAAAAGAUAACUUCUCUGACACAGGAAAUUUUGGUUUUGGUGUUCCAGAACAUAUUGACUUAGGAAUUAAAUAUGACCCCAGCAUUGGUAUUUAUGGCUUAAACUUCUAUGUUGUACUUGGACGACCAGGUUUCAAUGUAGCUCAUAGGAGAAGGAAAACUGGAAAAGUCGGUUUCCAACAUAGACUUACCAAAGAAGAUGCAAUGAAAUGGUUUCAACAAAAGUAUGAUGGUAUUAUUUCCGCUGGAAAGAAGUAAUGUACAUAUUUUGUAUUUUACAGUUC